AUGGCAGGCGCGGGAGACGAAAGGGCCAUCGGUCUCACCGGCCCGGAAAGCAGGUUGUGGGAGCUGUGUGUCUCUGCGGCGCGGGAUGUCAAGGAGGAAUGCAGAGAUGUCUUUCCAGGGGUGCAGGAGGCCUUUGCAGGCUGUGGUGAGCCGCUCGUGCACCUCCUCGGUCGACAGGCGUCGCGAGUCGCCGCUCUCGUCAAUAUCGACCAUGUCCUUCUCGUAAAGAGACUUGACGAUGUACUCUCGGUCGCGUAUUCAAAGUUCUACGCACACUUAUACAAGAUUGUGCCGCUGUGCUGGAGGCAGCUGUAUACAGACGCCGCUAUCCUGAAAUUUGCCUGCCUCUACCUGCUCUCCUGCCAGGCCUGGCCAGGUGGGGAUGCCACUCUCGGCAGCCGCUAUGCGAAGACAAAGGAUGAUAUGAUGGACGCCAUGGUGGAAACGCUGGACAAGGCGCUGCUCCUGGCAGGAGCUGGCGGCCACGCUAGGGGCAGAAGGUGGGUCGAAGAGGUCUUUGAGCUGCUGGAAGGCAUCACCACGAUGGAAGCGCCAGUGCCGCCGUCCGUUGUCAAUACCCAUCACGAGCCGGACACCCAAAGAGCCCGCUCGCCUGUGGUGCCACCGCCGAUAAAGAGACAGAGGCUAGACGCCUCGUUUCCUGGGCGUGCCCCCAUCACGCCAUGGGAAGGCCAGCCAAUCUUUAUGACCCAUGAGCCCUUCACGCCACCCGUCCGCCACCCGAUCCGUCGAGAAGCCGCGCAGAACAUGGACAUGCCCGCCUUCCAGCGGUACAUGGACAGCGCACCGCGCGGCCUAGGGCCCGAACCGCUGGUUUUAACCGGGCUCGUGGACGGCUGGCCGGCCCGGUCAAGUCGGCCGUGGGACAGGCCCUCGUAUCUCCUACACCGCACGCUCCAGGGUCGGAGGCUGGUGCCCGUGGAAGUCGGGCGGAGUUAUGUGGACGCGGGCUGGGCUCAAAAGAUCCUGAAAUUCUCUGACUUUCUCGAAAAGUACAUUGUCGACCCCCCACCUGACAGCAGACCCAUGGCCUACCUCGCCCAGCAUCAGCUCUUCGCCCAGCUGCCCCAGCUACGCGGGGACGUCCUGGUCCCGGACCAUUGCUACACCACGCCGCCAGGACACCCGCAAGACCCCUCACAGGACCAGCCCGAGCUCGACGAGCCCAUGCUCAACGCGUGGUUUGGGCCUCCAGGGACCAUCACCCCCCUCCACACGGACCCUUACCAUAACUUGCUGGUGCAGGUCGUGGGCAGGAAGUAUGUCCGCCUGUACUCACCCCUCCAGCGGUCCAAGAUGCGCCCGAGGGGUAAAGAGGGUGGGGUCGAUAUGGCAAACACAAGCCUCUGGGACGUCGGCGUAGAGGAAGGGUGGGAUCCAAGGAAUGAACACGAUGAGGAAGAAGAGAAGGCUGGAUUGUUAUCCAAUGUGCCGUUUGUGGACUGCAUCCUCGAGCCGGGGGACACUCUCUACCUGCCCAUCGGCUGGUGGCACUACGUGAGGGGACUAAGUGUGUCCUUCAGCGUCAGCUUUUGGUGGAAUUGA